AGCAAAGUGCAAAGCGCUGCAGAGCUGUCUGUCUCGCGCUUAAGCCAACCACACGCGUCUAGAACUCGAGUAGCAAGGCUGCGGUCUCGCGUAUCAGUGCAAAAGAUGAGAUCGCCGCAACUCGUCUUGCUCGCCGCGAGCGUCGCGCACUCCUGGGCCGUCCCACCGACGCUAACGAAGCGGAGCCCCACGCUGCGCAGCCGGCACCUCGCUGUUAAUGGAGGCACGGUCGUCGAGCGGCCGCCCUACGCGCUGUCUGGCUUGGAACGACCGACGCACCGAGGGGCCGUCAUGGGCUUUUUGCACAACACGGGCGCGUGGUACGCUCUGUCGGCGGCCUACGUCGCGGCGGCCUUGAAGCAGCUUCAACCAUCAUCGUUCUACCCGUCCUUCCUGAGGAUAGCUUUAGUGGCGGCGUCGUCCUACUCCAUUUAUAUAUCGGACUGUUAUCAUAAUGCCGACAAACGGAGGGAAGGCGUGUCCGAGGAAGGAGAGUUAGCUGUAUUAAGGAAGGACUACCUCGGCAUCUCCCUCAUCCUGUCGACGAAUACGUGGUUGUGGGCUCAUAAUUUAGGUGGUUCUCCCAUCCUAAAUAAGCUUUGUGUAGCAGCUACGGCGUGUACGGCGAACGUGGCCUUCCAGUCGUUCUGUGUGGUCAAUAAAUACAUCGGUCACGUAUUGAUAAAACUGACCUUCGCGACGCAGUUCGUGGCCAUCCUCGGGACCCUAUGUUUGAUCGCGGCGAAGUCACCGAUCUCCGCGUGCGCCUGGAUCUACGCGGCCUACGCGCCGGGCUUUGUGAUUUACGCGACCAAGUUCCCGAAGAACAAAAAGUGGGGCUACCACGAGUGGUUCCACGUUUCGGUGCUCAUGGGCAACCUCGUGUCGAUGGGCUUCGACCUCGGUAUUCUUGGUUUGUUCAAGCCCUGCGCGGAGGGCGUCGCCUGCGCGUCGCUGGCGUCGCGGCUGACCUUCGGGCUGCUGCCCUGACGCGGCGUGUCUCAACGCCAUCGCCGCGAGGACAGAUAUGUUUAAUUAAUUUUACUACUACUACUUCUUGACGACCCCGACCUGCGCCGCUCGA